CUGCUCCUCCCUGCCCCUCCACUCUCCGUCGUGUGCUACUUCCUGCCUGACCGCUCCAACGGAGUUGGCAUUGACGAAAUGCAAAAGCCAGAGAAAACGGGAAUGCAGAAGCAAAAGAAGCGGGAAAUUGACAGACGUUAUCGACAGAAGAAGAAGAAAGCAGUGGUAGAAACCAAGAUCAAACUGGCCAUGACCAUGAUUGAAAAUGAAAAUUUAAAGUCCACUGUCCAAAAACUCGAGCAAGAAAUCAUCCAACUUACAAAGCAGCUGAAUUCGAUUGAACCAAGGCCAGAUCAGACCACAUAUGAUGAGCUGCAGCAAGAAAUCAAAUACCUGAGGGUUGAAAAUGAAGUGACCAAGUGUCUAUUGAAAGAUACCGACGCCAGUUACAUCUCAAACAUGAUUAAGGUUCUAAAAGAAAAUGAAGACAUGAAAAGAACUAUAGAACACUACGAGAGGCUCUCGUCGCAUGCAGGGUGCCUGAAAAAGCUUGAAACAUGACCACAAGGCCCUUUCAAAUGGGAUUUCUUAUAAGUUGUAGGUGGAAAAUAAUUCACAACUGGGCUGUGCUACAAUAAUAAAUCUUGUUGAUAUAAAUUUGCUGGUAAGGAGGGCAUGUACGUACGUAGAUGCUCAACGUGCCUUUCGCUGUAACCGUAAGCAGUAUAUAUAUAUAUACUGUGCUGGAGCUGUGGGUGUGUGGGGUUAAGAACUUUUGAAUAUAUUUUAU